GCCAAGAGGACCCCAUUCCAGUACAUUCUGUGUGCAGCCACCUCGCCGGCUGUGAAGCAGCAGGAGGAGAGUCUCACUUAUCUCAAUCAAGGUCCCUCGACCCUCCCUUCCACUUCUGGGGUGGGGUGUCGACCUUGGAGAGCUUGGUACUAUCACCCAAACUUACCUUUCCUCUCUCCUAGAUCUCACACAAACCCCUUACAAACACACUAGUCAUCUGAUUCUCACUUUUUUUUUUUUUACAAUACACACUCAACUCGUGACAAUCUGCUUUUCUCUACUUUACUGUUUUUCAUUAAAGACUUAGGCAUCUUUAUACAUAUAUUAUUUUGGUAAAUAUUACGUUUCUUUCAUGGAAAUUAAAACAAAUAAAGUGGUAUAUUCUCGAUGUCAUGGCUUUCUGAAUAAAAACCCACUAGCAGCUCAUAAUUUCGGUCAUGCCACUUUCAUUUCACACACACUGUUACCGACUGACAACACAUUCACUUAAGAGUCAGGAGAGGUCAUUUUUAUUUCACUUCUGUGUGAGUGCAUCCACUUGACAUGUCUCUGUUGUCAGGUCUUCUGACAUUGCUUGAGACUGAAACGUUAAACAAAGCAGUAGCAUCCUAGAAACACCAGAAUGGGACAGGUGGCGUCUAUGCAAACACAUGCCAGGCUCGUCCGGGCCUUUUGAGCUCUGGUGCUCAGUCAUGCUUGAGCCUCCCUCCAUAAAUAUCCCAAAGAGCAUUGUACGCGUGGUGUUUCAUGACCGUCGGCUGCAGUAUAUGGAGCACCAGCAGCUGGAAGGAUGGAGGUGGAACCGACCAGGAGACCGAAUCCUGGAUAUAGAUAUCCCAUUGUCAGUGGGGAUACUGGAACCCCGUUCACACCCUCUGCAUCUCAACACCAUUGAGUUCCUCUGGGAUCCUGUCAAGGACUCUUCUGUUUUCAUCCAGGUCAACUGCAUCAGCACUGAGUUCACCCCCAGGAAGCACGGUGGGGAGAAAGGUGUGCCCUUUCGUAUCCAGCUGGACACUUUCACCACCAACGAACACGGAGAAUACAUGGAGCAUGUCCAUUCUUCUGGCUGCCAGGUCAAAGUCUUCAAGCCUAAAGGAGCUGAUCGCAAACUGAAGACAGACAGGGAAAAGAUAGAUAAAAAGGUCCCUCAAGACAGGGAGAAGUAUCAGCUGUCCCAUGAGAACACGGUGCUGAAAGAGUGUUCUCCUUGGCCCGAUGCCCUAAAUAUGAGCAGCCACAGCAGCAGCAGCACUCCGUCACCAGUUUACCACAGCUCCCCAACUUCCUGUAGCUUCACAGAUGGCAACUGUUCUCCAAACCAGCAAGGGGAGCUGCUCCUGCCCGGCUGCUCUGAACACCUUCUGCCAACAUCCUCACCUCAGGACACCCAGCAGUGGCUGCACCGCUACAGGUUCUCACCGUUCUCAAGGCUCUUCUGCAGCUUCUCAGGUGCCGAUCUGUUGAGGAUGAGCAGGGAGGAUCUGAUCCAGAUCUGCGGUCCAGCAGAUGGUAUUCGCCUCUUUAACACCAUGAAAGGAAGGUGUAUACAGCCCCGUCUCACCAUCUAUGUGUGUCAGCAGCAGACCAGACAUCAACCUCCCAUCAAGUCAGGUGGUGGAAACAUCUAUCACGCUCUGUACCUGGAGGAGCUGACACUGUUGGACCUCUCGGAAAAGAUCGCUCUGCUGUACGGCAUCACUCCACAGCAAAUAACACACAUCUACAGACAGAAACCCAGCGGGAUCCACGUCUUAGUCUCUGACGAGAUGGUGCAGAACUUCAGGGAGGAAACAAGCUACAUACUCAGCACUAUAAGAGAUGAAAACACUGCUGGCUACCACGUUGUGCUGAAAUGACCAAUAGGUACUCAGGAGAUUCAACGUUUCCUCCUAGAAUCCGUGGAAUUGUACAGCUUGUAUAUAAGUCCUUCUGGACUACAAUAUGUAACAUUUACUAAGAUUUACAGAACUUGAAAAUGCUGGUAAGCUUUCAGUUUGCUGUUGAUUUUGUGCUUUUGUUGAGUUUUCUUUAAUUUUUUUUCUGUUUAAUUUGUGUUGUUGUUAAGUAACUGAUUCAUGCUUGGUAUGCCUUAUAAUUAGAGGUUAACACUGCUGUAUUACUUCUUCUCAUGUGCGCUCAUUUUUGGCUUAAACACCUAUAGAUGCAAGUUAAUGACUUUCAUGAUUAUAAAGAAGAGUAAAUGUACACACAUCAUAAUGCCGACAAAUAGAAAAGACAAAUGAACAAAACUGUAUUAUGUUGUUUUAAUGUUAUGCAAUGUCCCUGCACUAUUGUCAUGCUUGUCCUAAAUAUGAAAUGUUGUCAUGUAUACCAUUGGCUGUGUCUGUUGUAUAUGAUAUAUAAGCUAUUGUCUUUGCGAGGUCUAAUGGGAAAUUUGGUAAA